GGGAACGCGCGCCGCUGUCAAAUCGAAUUAUUCCUCUCAUUUGCGAUUCAAGUUAAUUUUUCGAUGGAAAACCAUUUUCCUGAAUUAAUUGUGUUGCUAUUUACUAAUUAACGAAAAGCCAAACGACGCGUGAACACGAAAUUUGUGCGUAAAAUCAAAUUACUUCGUUUCGGUCGUGGCCAGUGCUAUUUUUGUUUUGUAGCCCCGUUCCAGUGUGGAUUUUUCUGUUGAAAUACCUACCUACUGUGAUGCAGUUUUUGUUUUGUUCCCGGUGGUCGAGCGGAACGUUGCAAAAAGCUUAUGAAACCGUACGAUUUGAUACCGUUCAAGUGCGAAACGGUUGAUUUGCCCUAAAUACUGUGCCAAAUUUUGAUGUAAAUUAUUGACAAAUUGUUCCUUCUAUAGCGCUAUUUGGAAUACGCAUGACUUGGUUGUGGAAUUCAAUUUUAAAUUCGAAAAAAGAACACUUGGACUGCAAUUUUUUUCGAGCAUAGACUAAAGUGACCAGUGUUGUUUCGUAAAGUUUUUAUGGCGUAUCCAUGUGCGAAAUAAAGUGUAUCAGUGAUAUGAGGAGAAUGUUCGGAGUCUGUUCUGAUGGGUGGCUUCUCUGCGGUCAGAAUGUGAGCAGCUAAAACCUGGCUGUCACGUUUAUGUUGUCUGGAUCCCCCCACGGGUCGGUGAUGUCUUGCCAAUCGCUCGCUGCGCGCGCGUUCGAGACAGAAAAGGAUUCGAGAUGUUCUACCAGCUUCCAUAGAUCGGUGCGUUUCAGCUCGGAGUCGCGGAGCACAAGGAAGUCGAAUGACACGGAGUGCAAACGGGAAACGCCGGGUACGAUGUCGCUCACGGCGUUAUCCUUAACGCCGGUGACUCCCGGCUCGGCGAUGAGCCAGUCGGCACCGCACGCAGGCGCGUUCGAUUUCGAUGAGACGCCGGCGCCCCCCCCAGCGUGCAGAUUCCCAAAGUUGGAGGAAUGCGCUCAUUUCCACUACGAACGGGUGUCGCUCGGAGGCCUAAGUGUGGAGUUGGUGCCUUGUGAAGCCGUGGAAGGGUCCCCGCUUGAGGGUGAAGGUUGGGUCUGCCUUAAGGUCCGUUCACACGUGAAUUCGUCCAACGACAGUACGGAUAGCAAAACACUAAGCGCCAGUUGGACGGAGGCGAGCGACGUGCGAGAGUGGACACUCACAAGGAACAUGGACAACUUUCUGCAGUUGGACGACAUGUUGCACAGAUGUAUAUACGACCGAAAAGUCUCCGGUUUACCAAAUUUAAAGGAAGCCAUGACACCAGAAUUAGUGCAAGAUGAAGUUGAAUACAGGCAACUUAUAUCGGACUAUGUGCAUCAUUUAUCUAUCAUUGCGGACGAUUCCAUCAAUUGUGGACCAGCUUUAAACUGGCUGCAGAUGGAUAAUAAGGGUCACAAAUUAUUAGUGUCGAAUGAAGACUCCAGUUCUAUAAACACACCAGCAGUUGCUGCCGCUUAUUCAGUCAGGAAAUAUGUCUCGCAGGCACGAGACGAAAUCAGCUUUGAAGUCGGCGACAUGAUAUCCAUCAUAGAUAUGCCAGGUCCUCAAGAAUCGACAUGGUGGCGUGGUAAACGCGGAUUUCGGGUCGGCUUCUUCCCUCAUCACUGUGUUGCUGUCAUAGGGGAUAAAGUGCCUAGGCAUAUGACACAACCACCGCCUAUAGUGGGAUCAGUAGCAGUAGCGCCAAUAAAACCGGUACUCCGAAAGCACGGCAAGCUAAUAUCCCUAUUCCGUAGCUUCAUACUAUCUCGGCCUUCGCGGCGCAGUCUCAAGCAGCAGGGCAUUUUGAGGGAGAGGGUCUUCGGGUGUGAUCUCGGCGAGCACUUGUUGAACUGUGGACAUGAUGUCCCGCUCGUGCUAGUGGAAUGCGCGCGCGCAAUAGAGCGGCGCGGAGCAGUGGACGGCAUAUACCGGCUGUCGGGCGGCGCUGCUCUGACGCAGCGGCUCCGAGCAGCGUUCGACGCGGGCGCGCCGCCCGACCUCGCCGCGCCGCUGCAGCGCGACCCGCACGCGCUCGCCAGCCUGCUCAAGUGCUACUUCCGUGAACUGCCGAACCCGCUAUGCACGUACCAACUCUACGACAGUUUUGUCAGCGCAGUACAAGUACCAGAGGAGCAGAGGUUAAAGGCGAUGAGGGAUACGGUUGUGAAAUUACCUCCACCGCACUAUAGAACGCUAGCGUACCUAAUGCGUCACCUACGUAGGGUGUCCCUGCUGAGCGAUUCCACGGGAAUGACGGCCAGGAACAUGGCGAUCGUGUGGGCACCGAACUUGUUGAGCUCGCCGCAGCCACAACACGCGUUGCAGGGUGUUGCUGUGCAGGCGGUAGUCACGGAGUUUUUAAUAUGUUACGCGGAAGAAUUGUUCGCGCAAGAGCAAGGGGCCGGCUGCGAUGAUAGCGAUCAGGAGCGCAACGAUUGUCAGGUGGAAUUGCGAGGUUUAGAGGCCGGUAGGAGACCUAAGAGUCUACCGCUGAACCCACCUACUAAAUUAUUAAGCCUCGAAGAGGCCCGUCGCCGCGGCAAAGUGUGUGUCGGCAGCGAGAUAAUGGACUACCCGCCUCCGUCCGGUGUUAUCGCGGCGGCCGCCACUACGCAACUGAAGCCCGCUGCGCACUUGAAGCCUAAAUAUAUUGAGGUCGGAUCCGGCCCCAAUAAUCUACCUCAGUAUCACACGGUUUUGGAUUUACCUAUACCAGGUGCAAAACGAGCUUUAAAAAGAUCUGUGUCAGGUUGGCGAGGUUUAUUCAGUCGGAGCAAAUUACAAAGGCCGCGUGCACACAGACCGCCGCCGGUCACACCUCCACCCGCUGAAAUAGCAGUACACACACUGCGACCGGCUAAAUCGUGCGAAUCUCUAGCCUCAGAUAGCGAUACACUAGCGCCUUUAGUUGCGUCUGCGACUAUACCACUCAAACAUCACACCAGAUCGUCAUCAUGCGACUCGUACUUUGAGCCGUGGCAAGCGGAGUUGGCCGGAAUGAGACUACGUCUCUCGCCGCAAGAACGAGACAGGCACAUGUUUAGUGAAGAAGAUGACGUGAUACCGGCGUUGGACGAUUCCUUAUGUUCAUCGCCGGUGGAAUCGAACCCGUGUAGCGUGGAACCGAGCCCGAGACACAACCACAGAGCCGAAGUGCACCCCACUGAUACGUUGGAGAGGAAGCGCAGUUCAGCCGCGCACGCAGGGGGCACUGCUGCAGAGCGGUUGUCGCGGCUGGAGCAGCAGCUCGGCUACAUCGACGAGGCGUGCGCCAGCCCGGCGGCCGAGCAGCGCGCCAAGCGUGUAUGCAAAGAUCGCGACAGUCCGCUGUCGUCGGCCGAUUUUCCUAGUCCGCUCACUAGCGUGAAACUCAGAGAACGAAACUCGCCAAGGAAACAAAAAAAUACAGCGCGUUACAGCGGCAUGCAUAAUCCAGUACUAAAUGACCCAGAUAAACCGAUAACUAGACUGACUUGGCACGGCAAAGAUGGCCAUUCUACGCUCAUUAAAAUAGAUUGGCCCGCGGAAAACUCGAUAAGCAAUCUUACAACUAGCACGAUCAACUCUAGUCCAGUCACACCGGCAACACCAAUGUAUGAUCCGCUAGAAAGCGACUCGGAAGCCAGUGACAAUAAGCACACGAUAAAAAUAACUAGUGACUGUGACACUUGCAAUGAAGAAAAGUGCCUCAAAUGCGAAUUGAAAGCGACAGACUAUGAGAACGUGAAAGAUUUCGCGGAACAAAACGUACAUGAUAGUCUAGAAGCUAGUCCGUUACACUCGACUGACAUAAGCUAUCAGAACUUGAAUAGAUUGUCCGCUGUGUCCACAUCGUCGAACUCUGAACAAACGAAGAACGUUGACGUCAUGAAAGUGAUGACGUCAUCGCAUGAAAGCUCGUCCAGUUACUCCAAUGUUAGUUUGAAGCAAGACGAAUUGUUCGAAUGUUACAACUACGCAAGGCCUAAUUAUAUCAAUCUACAGUCGUCUAGUACGUCGAAGAGUUCGCCCGGUAGCCCUUUGAAGUCGCCGCUCAAAUCGACAAUCAGUAUUACGUUCAGGUCUCCUACUAAGUCGAAAUCCCCAGAUUACGAACCUAUAGGCAAUGACACACCGACAAACGAAAGGGAUUCAGUAUAUGAGGAUAUAGAUUUGGAAAAGAAUCUGUCUAUAGUGGAAGAAGCGACUGUUCCGUUAACUGAUGCUAGUCUACCAACGCAACAAGCGUGCCAACCUGAUUUUAACGAAGAUCUAAUUAUACUAGAAACACCAACGGAAACUAAUCUCGAUGAUGACGUAGAUGUGUACAGUCAAGUUAAAUUCUUCAAAAAGAGCAUAGAGGAAGUUAACGCUAUGAUACUAGAAACGCCUGAAAGAGAUGAUUAUGAAAAUGUCGCGUUCGAACCGAAUCGUGACUAUGAAAACAUAAACGUUGAUACUCUCAAAAUCUGUGAUAAAAUAGACGUAAGUAGCGCAAAGGAAAUUGAAUCUAUCGAACAUGAAAAUGGUAAUGUCAUAAAGCCGAUAGUCGCGUCCAAGAAUUUGAACGUACGUGAAUUGGCGAUACGUUUCGAAAGUCCCACAGAGCAGAAGGGACCGUUUUCUUUUGAAAAGUUCAAAAGUGAAGUCAGAUACUCGAAUUUAGAUACAAAAGACGAUGAAAAGAAGAAAUUACCACCACCGGUUUCGCCGAAAACUUACAAACUAUCUAAAAACUCAUGUAACGCGCGGUCGUUAGACGAAAAUGCGUUUAUAAAAGAAUUCGGUACAGAAAAGGAUAGACGCAAGAGUCUAGAAGUAAAAGAUGUAAAACGAACCUCAAAAUUUCUGCCGGAUUUAAACCUGAAUACCGAAAUACCGGAACCGAAAAUAGACAGUAUCACACCGACAACGGAAAACAAGAUAUCGUUGGUGCAACGGUUCGAUGUGAAACCGGAUAUCAAGAGCUUAAUCGGUUUCGAUACAGAGAAGAAGUUGAGCAGAGAACGGAUAGAGAAAUAUAAAGAGGAAAGGCGGAAUUUUCUACGCGAGAAAUAUAGUUCGCAGUCUUUCAGAAGUAAUCCGGAACAAUUGACGCGAAUCAAGUUAAAGAAGGAGGAAGAUAGAGUUGAAAACGAGAGAUUGAGCGAAGGAAAGUUCGAAAGGAGAAACACAGUUGAUUUAGGACAAAGAAUGAGAUUUUCGCUAGCUAGGAGCGCUAAUAAUUUGGACACUAUACCGUCGCCGCUUAGCCCGGUGAAGGACUUCAAUGGGGAGGCCAGCCGGAGCCGGGAUGACAGGAAAGAAAAGUCGUCACCGUCGUACAACAUACGCGACAUGGCGGCAAUAUUCGAACAGAAGUCGCAAAGCAACAGCAACGCCGGUUGACGAUCACGUAACGGCAACGAUAACGGUAACGGUAACGAUAACUGUAACGUCAGAAAACCGAUAGAGACAAUGGUAACGGUAACGAAAACGAUUUGGUAUACCGGUAUCUUGUAACGGUAUUGUUGGGAACGGGUAUUGAUAUUGUUAUUAAAGUUUUUUGAGCUGUGUAAAAUGGUAUGAAAAAGCUAGAUUUGUAUAGAAUUUUUUGCGUUAUGUAUUGUAUUGUAAAAUUCUAAGAUUGUUUUCAAUUUGGUCAUGACUCUGUUUAAAAACAAAAAGUGGAAGUGAAACUUCUUUAGGCGCGUUGAGAGUAAAAUUUCAAGGUCGAAUCAUGGCAGGUCACUUGACCUAGUAAGGCGACGAUUUUGGUAUCUUUGAAUCUUGCCAAAGAAGUUUCAAUUCAACACGUGUGCUCGGCACACACGCUCUUUUUUUAAGAAUACCGUAAAAUACCGAUUCGGUACCAACAAACCGGUAUAUCGUUUUAACCGUUACUCAAAGUGAUAUUAUGUGCUUAUGACGUAAACCUAAACGCAGAGACGGCACUUAAGGUUUAGAUAAAAAAUAUUAGGUAUUUCCUUAGUACGAGUAUUAUAUCCGCUUGCUGAAAUUUAACCGACUUCAAAAAAAGAAGUUCCAUGAUGUUUUUUAAAGUUAAUCGAUUUGUAGGGGUAAAUUAGUUUGUAUAUUUUUUUUGUGAAAUAAUUUAGAAGUAAAAUAUGGCUUGUUUAAACAUUAAACUAUGCAGUAUGAUUUGUUUUAAGCCCCACAAAGGAACAUUUAAAUCAAUUUAUGAGUAUUUCAUAAAUUUAAUUCCAAAACUGCCCCAUGAAUUAUAAAAUCUGCCCUUAAAUUGCUCUUAACCUGUCCUAUUUUUAUGUCUAGGGACACUACGGGUCAUGAAAUUUUUCAUUAAAAUGUUAGAAAAAAGUUUUC